AUGAACCACGGUCGCGCCCCGAAGCUCGCGGGGGCAGCAGCACUUCGUUUUGUUGCAAGGAAUAUUACGAUCCCGGUACCCAAAGUCCAUUGCACUUUUGAGCACAAGCACGUCAAAUACAUUGUCAUGGAUAGAAUCGACAGGGAAAAAAUAGGGAUGGACUGGAGCGAGAGGCCGGAGGCAGAGCGGGCGAGCCUACUACGGCAGCUGAAGGGAUAUUAUGACCAACUUCGCAACAUUGCACAUCCACGACCGGGAAUCAUCGCUGCUGUCGCUAUGCAGAAGCUCUACAAAACACGGAGUUAUAAGGGCAGAGAGGGGUUCGGGCAAUUCGCCAAAGAGGCUGAAUUUAACCAGUUCCUGCGCUUUGGCAUCCAGAAAGAGGAUGGCUUCUUUGAGGCGACUGGAGACAACUCAUGCCUCACAGACGAAGAAUGGUCCGAACUUCGAAAGAUAAUCGACAUGCAGGAUCAUCUGCAGAAAAGUCACAGAAUAUGCUUCACUCAUGGAGAUGCCAGUAGCUCAAAUAUCAUAGUCAAGAACGGCAAGAUAGUUGCCAUGAUAGACUUUGAGUUAUCUGGCUACUAUCCUGAGUAUUGGGAAUAUACUUGUGCUAUGAACGUUAAUAGUCAAGAUGGUUUCUGGAAGGCUGAGGUUGGGAAGUUUCUGGACACUUAUCCAAGAGAGUUGGAAAUAGAGGAGACUCGCCGGAAGCAUUUUGGUCCUCGAGGGCUUCGUGGCAGGUAUGAUUGGGCAUGA